UCGUACUGACAAUUAUCGCUGCUGACUGGUUCUACAUUCUUAUAAUCCAUUUUAAUAGCGGAUUGUUUGCGGUGUGUGGGUAUAUAUCGUAAUGCAAAUAAACAUAAAAUUAUUCGAAAUAGUACAAAUCUUCUUAUGAUAAAUCUCGUGAUUUUCGCUGUUAAUUUUUUCAUAAAUACAGAGUCCAAGUUUUAGAAGCAACGAUGAAUUCGAAUUUAGUUUCUAAAGAUGCGUUUUCUGAGAACUCGUCGUAUGAAAAAUUUAGAGCUUGUGUAAUCAUGCAUAACGAAGUUAUAGAGUUUUAUAAUAUUUUGAAUGAAAACUGUCAGUAUAGUUACUUAAUUCAGGUUGGAUUAAAUAUGUUGGGUAUGAGUACGACAGCCGUUCAAACAGUUAUAAAUUUAGACAGACCGGAUGUAGCAAUUAGAAGUGCUGUAUUUUUUGGAGCUAAUCAAUUUCAUUUAUUUUUACUCAGUCUACCUGGACAAAUGCUUUUGGAUCAUUGUGCUGAUUUUGCAAAUGCUAUAUAUGGUUCCACGUGGUAUGGAACAUCAUUGGAAAUUCAAAAAAUGCUUUAUAUGAUGCAAAUAAGAAGUAAAAAAUUAUGUGCAUUAACUGCAGGUGGAUUGUAUGAUAUGAAUAUCGAAAACUUCGGAAUAACUUUUAAAACGUGUAUGUCAUACUUCACGAUGAUAAUGUCGUUGAAAUAAUGAUUCUACGAUAUUUGGAAAAUAUACAACUAAAUCUUGUUAUACUCUCUGUCCAGAUUAAUUGAGGAUACGAAUAGUAGUAGAAAUAAUUAACAUGUACAUUAUUAAUAUUAAAUAGUAUAAAAAACUUUAUCAAAAAGACAAAUGUUGCAAAUGAAUAAAAUAUUGUAAUAUUGUAAUGUAUAAAGGAUAUUACAGAUCUUACGAAAAUAAUGAAUUGACUAAUAUUUCAUAGCGUCAUUCCACUUUCAGUGAAUUACGAAAAAAUUUUUUUUAUUUUAAUCAAAAUGAUAUAAAGUAAAUAUUGAUCCA